UUCCUUUUGGACGUCACCACAUCAAAAAAUCAACACAAGAUGUCAAAACGGCCAAAAUUGUCAGCUGCCCAGGGAAGAAAAAAGAGAAAAGAAGAGGAGGAGAAACAAAAAGACAGAGAUGCACUGUUGAAGUUUCUAAAUCCCACCCUGGGCCAUCUACCACAUCUACCGCUGCUGCCUCCACUUCAGCAGCACAACCCACCAGUGAUGCAGCAUCAGCAGCACAACCCAGCCAUGAUGCAGCAGCAUCAAGCGGUCUUCCUGUUGCCUCCACUUCAGCAGCACAACCCACCAGUUUUGCAGCAGCAUCAAGCGGUGUUCCUGUUGCCUCCACCUCAGCAGCACAACCCACCAGUUUUGCAGCAGCAUCAAGCGGUGUUCCUGUUGCCUCCACCUCAGCAGCACAACAAGUUUGAGUACUCCUCAAUUUCCACAACUUACAAAAGAAGAGCUGCUACAGCAGUGCCAAACACUGAGUACUACUCUGACCCAUGA